AUGGAGAAGUUCUGCAAAAUGACAGAAGAGAUGGUGGUGUCAAUCCUAUCACGGUUGCUUCCGAAAUCUCUAAUGCGAUUUAAGUGCAUCCACAAAUCCUGGCAUUCUCUGAUCAAUAGUCCCCAGUUCAUUUCCAAGCAUCUCCACUCUCACCAGAACCUGUUUUCCUCCACAACCAUCCUCUUAAAGCGUCCUGUAAUGCGCAGAACUGACACUGGGAUUGAGGAAAUUGUUUGUUCGUUCCUUAAUCUUCGUAAUGCAAACGAUGGUGGUGGGUAUAACCUUCGUUAUGAUAUCAAGGACCUCGAGUUUCCGCCUUCAAUGGGUUUAAAAACUAGGGGACAAUUUAUUCAGAUACCUAUUGAUCGACGUUAUCAUGAUUGCGCAUAUAUCAUUGGUCAUUGUGAUGGGGUAUUCUGUCUAGCUCUUUAUGAUGCAAAACACCUUGUUUUGUACAAUCCAGCAAUCAAAGAAUUCAAGUUUCUUCCCGAGUCAUGCCUUCAAGAUAAGAACAUGGGUUCAGUGGGAUUUGGCUAUGAUCCCAAGUCCGAAGAUUAUAUACUCGUUAACGUUGUAAGUUACGGCGAGCAAUAUUACAAGGAUGAUCGUCUCGUUAUUGAUCCUUUGAGAGCAGAAGUUUACACAAUGAGUACCAAUUGUUGGAGAGAGAUCAAGAUUCACAAUCUGGAAACAGAAACUACGUUUAUUUGGCCUAGACAUUUUCAAGUGUACUUCAAGGGUAAUUGUUACUGGUUGGCACAUGAAAAAAGGAAGGAAUAUAUCACUUUGUAUGACAGACUUGAAGAGUACUACAUUUGGGAAGCAAUUGUUUGUUUUGACACCGCCGAUCGGAUUUUCCGAAAUAUAUUGGUUCCGGAUUGCUUGUACGAAUUUCCGAUGCAUGACUUGGACCUUACAGUGUGGAACGAUUCCACUGCUCUUUUUGGGUUUUAUCGUGGUGGAAGUCGACCCUUUGAGAUUUGGGUGAUGACUAAGUUUGAUGGUCUCAACUCUUCGUGGAUUAAACAGCUUUCCGUCGACAUUGCGAGAUCUCCUAUACCAUUGACACUUUGGGAAAGCAAUGAGAUUCUUUUGGUUUUCAUACGUAAACAAAUAGCUUUGUACAGCUUUGUAAAUGAGAAGUACCAGUAUUUACCAGUUUAUGGUGCGAGUUUUUUUCAGGCUAUUCCUUAUGUAAAUAGUAUAGUUCCAGUCAAGAGGUAA